UGAUAUUUUUAGGCAGCAAACACCUUGAGUGACAGGUAGACUUAAUAUUUAUAUAUAUAAUCUUAGUUUCCAUUGAAAUGUAACUCAAGGAUAGAGAGAACGAACAAAGGGUAACACUUUUUUAUUGAAUUCCAUUCAUUCUCAAAACCAAACACCCCGUUCCUCUUCCUUCCUUCCUUUUCCGUUUUCUGUUUUCCCAUUUCGAUAAUAAAAUAUAAAUAAUAAUCAAUCAUACAUUAAAAACGUCGUCGUUUGGGCGCGGAACAAACAAAGGAAGAAUAAAUACUUCAAGCUUCGAUUAAGAGCAGUGAAGCAUAAACUGAUGGCUAACUUGGAUGGCAAUUCACUCCAGAAUGCUGAGAAAUCCAUCCCGAUUCCACCUCCUUCGCCUCAAUCAGCAGCAACCGGUUAUCCUUGCGAGUAUGUGGUGAUGAAUAAUUUAGCACAAAGAGGGCGAAACAGCUGUGUCUCUUCAGCAACAAGAGAUUUAUGGGAGCGUCUUUUCAAUGAUGGUUAUAAAGCCGACGUUUGCAUUAAUACUGAUAAUGGUGGCAUUAUUUACGCUCAUUCUAACAUUAUUGGAGCGGCUUCUCCUACAUUGAGAGGCAUGCUGAAGCAAGCAAAUCGUUUCAAUCGGUGGAGAACAAUCUCAAUCUCUGGGGUUCCACAUGAUGCAGUACGAGUUUUUAUUCGAUACUUGUACUCUUCCUGUUACGAGCAAGAAGAAAUGAAGGAAUUUGUCCUACAUUUGUUGGUGCUGUCACAUGUAUAUGUGGUCCCUCACUUGAAGCGUGAAUGCGAACAGAAGCUAGAAAUGGGGUUACUCACCCUAGAUAAUGUAGUUGAUGUAUUUCAACUUGCAUUAUUGUGUGAUGCUCCGCGGCUCAGUCUCAUUUGUCACCGUAUGAUAAUAAAAAACUUCAAAACUGUUUCGGAGUCAGAAGGAUGGAAGGCAAUGAAGCAGAGCCACCCAGUUCUAGAAAAGGAAGUUCUGGAAUCAAUGAUUGAAGAAGAAAAUAGCAAGAAGGAGAGGAUCAGAAAAAUGAAUGAAAGACAGGUCUAUCUGCAACUAUAUGAUGCAAUGGAAGCUCUUGUUCACAUAUGUAGAGAUGGUUGUCGAACUAUUGGCCCGCAUGAUAAAGACUUUACAGAAAACCAACCGUGUAGGUAUUCAUCCUGCAAAGGGCUAGAAUUGCUUGUUCGACAUUUUGCUGGUUGCAAGUUGAGAGUCCCUGGAGGUUGUGGUCAUUGCAAGAGGAUGUGGCAACUGUUGGAGCUGCAUUCUCGUCUGUGUGCUGAUCCAAAUGCCUGUGGAGUUCCUUUGUGCAGGAACUUUAAGCAGAAAAUAGCAAAACAAAGCAAAAAAGAUGAAAUUAGAUGGAAAAUAUUGGUUGAAAAGAUCUUGACAACAAGAGGAAUUGGGAUUGCAUCGUGCUUUCGGACACUAUGACUAUGAUUUUCCGGGGAUAUAGAACUAUAGGUUAACAGCAGUUGAUUUAUAAAACAUGUUCAAAUUGUAAAGUUUGUGUGUUCUGUUAGUAAGAGAUGGUUCUCAAGGAUGAAGUUUUGCGCCUCUCUAUACCUUUAUUGUAAAAUAUCGCAGAGGAACACUUUCUUCCAACAUUUGUUUAAUUAUUUUGUGUUCAAUGAACUAUGUUCUAUAUGGCCAAAUCAAAUAUUUUAAAGAUUGAUUUGGACCUUUAUUUGAUGUUUCAA